CGCGAGCGUCAACAAAUACCCGAGCAUAGUGCAAAUGGAAGAACGUUAUGGAGGCAAAUGGAAAUUCAAAUGCGGCGCAGUCAUUUUGUCCGAACGCACCGUCAUAACUGCUGCGCACUGUAUGCUGAUAACAUACUCUAACGGCAACUACGACGACGUUAAGCCGCGUAAUAUUCGUAUCCGCGCAGGAUCCAGCAAAUAUGAAAAGGGUGGCCAUAUUGUCGACGUAAGAAAUUACCAGAGCCAUCCCAACUUUGAUGAAGCAAAUUUUAAUGCUGAUAUCGCUUUGCUGACGCUAAGGACGCGACUGCCGAUGUCUAAUGUUACAAAGCCUGCUUUUAUCGUUCCAUCUGGUUUGGAAUUGCCCAACAACCAUGCGGUUCAGGUUGCUGGUUGGGGUCGCACGGACUCCAGUAACCAUUCUGAAGAUCUGCAAGAAGUGACCGUAUACACAGUAAAGCACGACGAAUGCAGCCGUCUUCACGGUGGUCGAAUCACCGAGAACAUGAUUUGUGCCCACGAUGGUCCACCAUACAGACGCGGACAGAAAAACGCCUGCUAUAAAGGAGACUCGGGAGGGCCACUCUACAUGCAUGGCAUGCUUGUUGGAAUAGUCUCGUCGGGAUCUAAAAAUUGUACCGAGCAGCCAGCGGUCUACACUAAGGUGUCUGCCUUCACCAAUUGGAUUAAUACCAAUGCUGUCUGAAAUUCUCGUGAAUACACGGUUCUUUCGGGUGAAAUUGUUUU